AUGGCAUUUCAGGAUUUUGAUCUCAUUUCGCAACGUCGAGAAAAUGAAAGGAAACGAAAGCUGAAAAGGAGGAUCACAAUUGCAGUUGUUUCUACGACUGUCCUAGCCCUUGUAGCAGCUGCUGCUGUUUGUGCUGUUGUUUACAAGGAUCGUUUGUACCCGAAUUCUAGUCAGACUCAGAACCACGGCAAUGCUCAUCCGGCACAUCAUCCCCCGACGCAACCAGCUCAAUCCCCAGCCCAGAAAGCUGUAAAAACAAUAUGUGCCUCCACAGAUUACAAGCAAACAUGCGAGGACAACCUAUUCAAGGCAGUCAAGGCCAAUGCAUCAGCCCUGCAGCCAAAGGAUCUUUUAAAGGCUUCGAUGACCGCGAUUUCUGGUGGGAUUGAUCUGGCUAUGAAGAUAGGAAGUUCUGUCCAUUUCGACGAUCCAAAGGCUAAGAUAGCUUUUGAUUUUUGUAUGACACUACUUGGUGAUGCCAAAGACGAAUUGAACAGUUCCAUUUCCAGCAUAGAUGACAAGACAUCAAAUGCUGGCGAUCUGAACAAUUGGUUGAGUGCUGUUAUGUCCUACCAACAAUCAUGCAUUGAUGGAUUCCCAAAUGGAACUAUAAAGAGUCAGCUGGAGAGUACCUUGAAAAGCUCCAAGGAACUUACGAGCAAUUCCCUUGCCAUGGUUUCCCUCUCUCAACUCGCUUCAUUUCACGGAACCAGCAUCAAACGACGUCUUUUGACAAAAGGAUCGGGCAUUCCUUCCCUGGACGAGGAGGGGCUUCCAAGGUGGUUGAAUGAUCAAGAGAGCCGAAGGAUUUUGAAGGACAACACAACAUUCCAGCAUCCAAAUGCUACCGUCGCUAAAGAUGGAAGCGGAAAUUACACCACCAUUAAUGCAGCUUUAGCAGCAAUACCAUCAAAUUAUACAGGAAGAUACGUGAUAUAUGUUAAGGCAGGAGUUUAUGAAGAGACGGUCACCGUGACAAAGAAAAUGGUCAAUGUUACAAUAUACGGUGAUGGAUCACAAAAGAGUAUAGUCACCGGGAGCAAAAACUAUGUUGAUGGAGUACCGACCUUCCUAACCGCAACCUUUUCGGCAUUAGGAGACGGAUUUAUGGCACAAUCAAUAGGUUUCAGAAACACUGCAGGUCCUGAAAAACAUCAAGCAGUGGCCCUAAGAGUUCAGUCCGAUCGCGCAAUUUUUGUCAAUUGUCGUAUGGAGGGGUACCAAGACACAUUAUAUGCACAAACCCACAGGCAAUACUAUCGAAGCUGCUACAUAACAGGCACAGUUGACUUCAUUUUUGGUGAUGCUGCUGCUGUAUUCCAGAAUUGCAUGAUCUAUGUCAGAAAGCCCAUGGACAACCAACAAAACAUCGUGACGGCUCAAGGAAGGGUAGACAAACGUGAAACUACAGGCAUAGUUUUACAAGGUUGUCGGAUUCUUGCAGACGCUUCACUCGGUCCUGUUAAAAGCCAAUUCAAGAGCUAUCUAGGCAGGCCCUGGAAAGAGUAUUCCCGGACCAUUAUAAUGGAAACUGAAGUUGGGGAUUUCAUUCAUGGUGAUGGAUAUAUGCCUUGGCAGGGAAACUUCGCGCUCAAUACAUUGUAUUAUGCAGAGUAUAAUAACAAAGGCCCUGGAGCUCAAACUUCUGCAAGAGUGAAAUGGCCUGGUUACAAAGGGCUUAUCAAGAGAGAUGAGGCCUUGAAAUAUACAGUAGGUCCCUUUAUUCAAGGAGAAGGAUGGUUGAAAGUUGAUAAUGUUCCAGUUCAUUUUGGCCUAUACGCCUGA